AUGGGGUCGGCUGUACCCCUCCCUAUCUGUGCCAAUAAACCAGCGGAGUGCGGACACACUCUGGCAGCCACCGCCGCCUUCUCCCUCCCCUGCUGCCCCGAACCCGGGGAGGGAGAGAGGGAGGGAGGAGAGGCCGAGCCGGGCGUGCCCGCCCGGGUGCCCGGGGCGGGGUGCCGCAGGCCGAGCCGCCGCGCCCCGGAGCAGAGCAGCGGUCGCAGUCGCUUGCCCUGGCCGUGUCAAGGCGGUGCCGCCGGGCAGGGGCGGCUCCUCGACCGGUUCCUGCGGGGCGAGGCGGGCGGCGGCUCGGCCGCUCGAGGGCUGACAGCGACCGGAGCGGCCGCCGGCCACGGCGGAGCGAUGAUCCGCCGGCAAGACAUGGAACGGGCAGUGGAAAUUCUGUCCAGAUACCAAAGCACCCUGCAGACUCCAGAGGAGCAGGAGCUAAAAGCAUCCAUUGGAAAAGUCUCGCACAUCUUGCGCAGUGAACUCUUCCAUGCUCUGCUGGACAUCCACGAGUUCUACAAUUUCACACUGCACUCCGCACCGCUGCAGCCUCCCGGCCCGGGCACACACCAUGGCACAGCCGGGGAGCAGCAUCAGGCCAGCCGGCCCCACUCUGCACCCGGAGAGCCCCGGCACCCGCCCGAGGAUCCGUCCCAGGACGGUGAGCGGAGCCUUCCCACGGGUGCUGGGGACAGCGGCUCAGGGACACCACCACGGCUGGUGAGGGUGACAGCUCGUAGGACAGAGGCACCAGCCAGCAUCUGCAGCCUGGUGCUCAGCUCUCACAGCACCCUGCCCCAGGUGAGCCUCCAUGCACCCCACACUGUGUCCCACCCUGCCAGCACAGCCGGCAGCUGGCACUGAGGGGACAGCACCGGGGCUGUGGUGCUCAUACCACCACGGGGACAGUGCCAGGGGGACAUUUUCCUCCCCUGGGCCUUACAGUGUUUCCUCGUGGCUACUCUGGACAUGCUCAGGCUAGGAGAUCCAGCAGUCCCCUGUGCCAGGGGCUGGCUGACACAGAAAUCAUCCUCUUGUGGUAGCAUUUGCUGCAGUCUGGUGUCAGCCCUCAGUGCAGGUGGAUGUGGUGCACAAGAGUCUGUGUGGAGCUGGAAGUCCUCCCAGCCCCAGCCCUCCUGGGCCCAGUGCUGGCACCCUUCCACACUGCAGAUUUCCAUCGUGUCCUCAACUGGCAGGUCCAUUCCUCUCUGCUGUCUUAUUGACCUGGAAAUGUUGAUUUGGAUGUGGUCUGUAAAUCUCAGCUCCCUCCUGGUGUGAGAGCAUUGUUUGGAUGAGGAUUGGAGGGGAGUUUCAGGGACAAACGAAGGGGGAGAGAUGAAGUGACCAGGAUGGAGGGAGCUCAGCACAGAUUUCAAAUGAUAUGGAAAUGUUGUUUUUCCCUUGGCACGGUUUGCUUGUUUGCUAAGUCAAAGUCUUCUGAAAUAUUGCACUGCUGCAACUGCACUGCUGCUUCUCUCUUCUUUUGAAAUGCUUCCUUCCUCCUCGGGAGUGCAAUAAAAUGGGUCAUGCCCCAUUUUUCCCCCCUUGCA